AUGGGCACACUCCUCGAGUUCCUUCCCGGUGAUCUCACCAAGACGAUUACAAUGUCUCCUGUGCUGAUGGCGCUUGGAGUUGUCUUGGCCAUUAUAAGCGCAGUAUAUACACUUACAUCAUCGGGGCGCCGUAACGGCUCAACAUCUAGCCCUCAACGAUCUGCAAAGACAUCAUCCAAGAAUUCUCUGGAGAUUAAGCCGUUGAAUGGCCUGGACUACAGGGCAGUUGAGCCCACCCAAUACCGGCCAUUCAAGCCCAUAUUCCACAUCACCAUGGCCCUGCAAGCAGAUUCGCCCUCGGAGCUCAUCACAAUCGACUCGGAAUACCUCGACAGAGUCUCCCUCCGCCGCCAAAUCAUCGCCCAGCACGGCGACAUGGUUCACGCCUGUCUCCCCGCCGGCGUCGAGGCCGUCCGCGAGCUCCACCAGUUCCUCCUCCGAGAUUACCUUCCGACCCGCUUCCCAACCAUGUUCCGGCUCCGUGACGAGGGCCGGCAGCUCGACAAUCUCGUCACGGGCCGGACAUUUCCCACGGCGAUACCGGAGGACGAGGAUGCGGCGGCGGCGCUGCGAGUGCUGGGCGAGACGGUGGAGGAGGACAUGUUUCUGCUGAUGGGCGAGCCGGAGGGACACCGGGCGGUGGCCUUUGUGUGCUGCUUCCCGUCGGGCUUUGAUCCGUCGACAAAGGUCGGCAAGCUGCUGAGGGAGAUUCACUCGCCGGUGCCGUCGUACGACAAGAUUGGGCCGAGCAUGGAGCGGUUUUUCAGCAAGGCUGAGGUGGGCAAGAAUGUGAAGCGGACGAAUUGGUCUAUGCAAACGCACAGCGACUUGUUCCAUUACGACAGACACGACCAGCACAAAAGCGACGAGCCGGUGACAACCGAAGAAAUAGACAUGAGCAAGACAUACGCCCGCAUCGAGCUCCAGACGCUCAGCCGACUGCCCAAGACACGGGCCAUCCUCUUCUCCUUCAAGACAUAUCUGUACCCGGUUGAGAGCCUCAAGAAGGAAGGGCUGGGGCCGCAGGUGGCGGACGCAAUCGAGGGCCUCAAGACGGGCAAUGCGCCGGGCAUGUGGAGGUACAAGGGCGCGCCGCAGUGGGGAGAGCCGAUUUGCAAGUACCUGCGGUCUUGA